AUCGACUGUUUAAUUAAUUAGGGAAAAAAAUGUGGUACGGGAGGAUCGACUGUUUAAUUUUUCGCUCCCAUAAAAAAGCAGAACAUAAAUUUGGGUUUGCAAGGUUUUGCAACGCUUGUGAAAAUGGGCAGGGCACAACACUGAGUAAUGCAGCUCGAGCUUGCACUGGUUGUAUAUUCAAACUUUGACUUCGAUGAUGUUCAGAACAAAAAAUCCCCUUAAAAAUGGCAUAGCAGAGCGGUUUAUAUGCCUACAUAAUCCCAGGUAUAUUUCAAACCGUCCUCUUAUUCAAAUUCUCCAAUCAUUAUACAUUUAUAGAUCAAUAACGAGCACCUCAAAGCUGCAAUGGAAGUUCAAAGAAAAACGGAAGCUUCAAAUUCAUGAAAUUACAGAUAAAAUUUGCGAAAAUUUGAGCCUGAAACAUUGGAAUGCCUUUGAUCAUUUAGCCUCUAAAGUCACACCAUUUCACGUGGAUAUUAUUCUUUUAAGAUUUAAAAGAAACCCGGAAACUGCUUUGCAUUUUUUUGAAUGGGCCCAAAAAGUGCCCCUUUUCAGCCAUUCUACGAGUUCUUAUUGUAAGCUUAUACAUAUCUUAGUCUGUGCAAGAAUGUAUGAUCAGGGCCGAUAUUUUAUGAGAGAAAUUGUACAUAAUUUCAAGCCACAGGGCCUUUCUCUUGUUGAAGAGUUUUUUGAGGCGUAUGAAAAGUUGGGUUUUUGUCCUGCCGUGUUUGAUAUGCUUAUUAAGGUUUAUGCAGAUGAUGGGAUGGUAAAAGAGGCAUUUGAUGCAUUUGAAUGUGUUUUGCAAACUGGGUUUAUUACCCCGACCGUGCAUUCUUGCAAUAGUCUUUUGAAUGGUCUUAAUAAGUUUGGGCAAUUCGAAUUGGCAUGGCAUGUGUACGAGCAGAUGGUUGAGAAAGGGAUUAGGUGCAAUGUUUUUAGUUAUACUAUGAUUAUUAGUGGGCUCUGCAAGGAGGGCAGAAUGCAGGAAUCAAUCAAAUUGAUUUUGGAAAUGGAGAGAAUGGGUUGUAAUCCAAAUGUGGUGACAUACAAUGCAAUUAUUGAUGGGUAUUGUAGGCGAGGAGAACUGGGGGAGAUGUCAAACGUUCUGAAAAUGAUGCUGGAGAAGAAAAUCGGUCCCAAUGUUAUUACUUUCAGUAUGUUGAUCAAAGGGUAUUGCAGAGAAAGCAGCUUGGAAAAAGCCGAAUCUGUUUUGCUGGAAAUGAAGGCAAGGAAUUUAGUUCCAGAUUGUGUGACUUAUGGCCUACUUAUAGACGGUUAUUGCAAGGUGGGAGAGAUAGAAAGUGCUUUCAGAAUAAAAGAGGAUAUGGUGAAAGGAGGGCUGAAAAUGAAUGUUGUUAUCUGCAAUACUUUGAUUAAUGGGUUAUGCAAGCUUUCAAGAGUGGAAGAAGCUGAACAACUUUUGUUGGAUAUGAGGGAUUGGGGACUGGUUCCAGAUAAAGUGAGUUACUCUACUAUUCUAGAUGGAUAUUGCAUGAAAGGAGACGUUCUUGAAGGAUUCAAGGUUUUUGAGCUUAUGGAACAAAAUGGUGUCAAACCAAAUGUUGUUACUUAUAAUUCUCUUAUUAGUGGGUUCUGUAGGCUAGAAAAAAUGGAAGAGGCGAACAAAUUCCUAAAGAAAAUGGUGGAAGUAGGCAUGACUCCCAAUGAAGUCACUUACAGUACACUGAUGAAUGGAUACAUAAAAGCAGGGAAAACGGAUGAGGUUCUUAAGUUGUGGAAUGUGUUAUUGAGAGACAAUUUUGUUCCUAAUCAAAUAGCCUACAAUACCAUGAUCAAUGGCCUAUGUAAACUGGGUAAGAUGGAUGAGGCCAGAGAGAUUUUGUUGGAGAUGGUGGAUAGAGGUUCCAUUCCUGACAGUAUCACUUACACAACUCUUAUUGAUGGAUAUUGCAGGAGAGGGAAUAUUGAACAAGCUUUUGAAUUGCAAAAUGAAAUGGCAAGAAAAGGUUUUUUUCCAAGAAUUGAGACUUACAACACACUGAUCAAAGGUCUGUGCAAGUUGGGGAAGACCUUUGCAGCGGAGAACCUUUUGGUUGACAUGGUUGAAUUGGGCUUGGUUCCAAAUGAUGUCACAUACAAUACUCUCAUUGAUGGGAAGUGCAGAGAAGGGAACACUGAAGAGGCUUUCAGUAUCUACUUUGAAAUGAUUGGCAAGGGUUUCUUGCCCAGUGUCAUUACUUACAGUGCACUCAUCAAUGGGCUUUGUAAGAGCGGAAAGCUUGAGAAGGCAAACAAGCUAUUAGGAAAAAUGAUUGACAGUGGUCUUUAUCCAAAUGAUAUAAGUGACGCCACAGUAGUUAAAGAAAACACCAUAAGAGGAAAUGAGAAGGCUUUGAAGUUGGUUGACAAAAUGGAAUGCAAAGGUGGUCUUCCAAACAUGGUUACUUACAAUACAAUGCUUAAUGGACUUUGUAAGUUUGGGUCGAUAGAUGAUGCCAAAAAGCUGUUGCUGCAAUUCUUAAAGAGAGGCUUUGUCCCAGAUAAUGUUACUUAUGGGAUUCUGAUAAAUUGUUACUGUGUAUCUGGCAAGGUGGACGAGGCCUUCAAGCUAAGGGACAAAAUGCUGGAAAAGGGCAUUGCUCCUGAUGUUGUAACAUACAAUGCACUAAUUAACGUUCUUUGUAAAUUGGGGAAAAUUGAGAGGGCAACUAAACUUUUUAACAAGUUGCCAAAGAAAGGGGUGACCCAUAAUGUAGUAACAUACAAUACGAUGAUUGAUGGAUAUUGCAGGGCAGGCAAUAUGGAAGAGGCCUUCAAGUUGCGUAAUCGAAUGGUCAGGAAAGGUAUUGCACCUUCUGUUAUCACUUAUUCUACACUGAUAAAUGGUCUGUGUAAAUUAGGGGAUGUGGAAGCAGCCAACAAGCUUUUGGAAGAGAUGCUUGAAACUGGUCUCUCUCCUAACUAUGCUACUUAUGGUAAAUUAAUUCAUGGUUAUAUCAAAGAUGGCAACAUGCAGCAGGCUUACAAGCUUCAUGAUGAGCUGUAUAAUAAGGUACUUAUGCAAAAUGGUGGUCGAAAAUCAUUAUCAGGGGAGAAUGAGUCAGACGACGAUGAAGAUAGCUGUCUAUAUUCUUCUGCAGACUCAUUUCUUCUCAGUUCUUAGGCAAGAUAAACCAGGAGUUUGCAAAGAGAAAUUUGCAUCUGGCACCAGUAAUAUGUAUUCUGAUGUGCAUUACAUAAUUUACGCUCACCCAAGGAAUGUGCAUCAGAUAUCAAGGGUGUGUAGAGGGCAUUGUAAAGCCAACUAUUUCAAGAGUGCUUGGGCAUCCUACUUCCGUUUAUGUUAGCUUUUUUUUUACAUCUGAGUUGUCACUUGUGAUGCUUGUGGACAUUAGAUGUUUCUGUGGUGUUUGAACCGAUGAAUGAGCUGUGGAGGGUUGAGGUUGCCAAGCUUUCUCAGACUGUUUGCACCAGAAUAAAUCCAAGUAGUUUGGUUGUUAUUAAUGGAGAGUUUUUCUGCAUACAGAAGAUAGCAGGGAGAGAUGACUCUAAUAACCAAAAUGCAAACGGUGUUUAUCAUGUACAAGCAUUUUUUAAAGAUGAUUUUGAAAGACAUCUUUAAGAACUAAAAAAGCACUGCAAAUUGUAUUCAUUUAAAUGGAAGAUUUUGUUCUGUACCCUACUUCUUUGGGCCUUUCACAAAGAUCAAAAAGGAAAUCAGACUACAAGAAGAUUGGAAUUUUUUUAAUUAUUAAGACAAUUUGACAACUAGGAUCAAGAAAGUGAUGAAGCCGAAAGACAUGCGUGUAAUAAAAACUUUCUGAACUACUGAUGAAGCUGAAACAUGUGAUGGUUGGUAUAAUUGUUCCCAAGAGAAUUGUAAACUGUCUGAAACUGUUGAUCCGAAGUCCUGCAACAAAAAGGGGACAGUGACUUGAAAAUAAAGGUAGUCUGAAAAGUCUCUUUUCAGAAUGAUUCAUCAUUCUAUAGUGGCACUAUUUCCACAGGAGGAAAUAGGAAUCUGUAAAAUAAACUGUACAGACCAAGAGAAUUGUAAUCUGUCUGAAAUCGAUGAUCUGAAGUCCUGCAACAAAGGGGACAGUGACUGAAAAAAAAGGCAGUCUGAAACGUCUCUUUUCUGAAUGAUCCAUCAUUCUAUAGUGGCAGUAUUUAUACAAGAGAAUAUCCAA